AUUCAUUUUCCUACCUGGUGUCCAGCAGUAAUGGGCCGAAUGGUGUAUUGGGCCAACUUCCCAAUACAUGUAGAGGUUUUCCGAGACCAUCUCCGGUUUUUCCUCUACACCCAUACUGCUACAUACAUAUUAUCAUUAGAUUUUAUAAAUUUAUCAUAGUGUGUGAUUAGCCUGUAUUGGGAUGCCGUGUGCUACUUGUGGAUUAUGCCCACAACUGAGCACAUACUUUGUUAAUUCUUAGAUUUAAUCAUUAUGAAACUAUGUAUGUAAUUUGAAUGAACUUUUGUAUGAAAUGAAUGAACGAUGAUGAUUGUAAGAGCUUGCGCUAUAUCAAUCUUGAAUAAACCUACCUACCUACCUCAAAUUAUUUAGUACAAAAAUGCAAAAUUUCAAUCCAAUUUAAAUAUAUCAAAGUUUUUGAUUAAAAAAUCGUCAUUUUAAUUGUUUAUUAAUUUUUUUCAAGUUGGUCCACCUGAUUUUGGAAAAUCUGUCGGUUCACGGUUUGAAGGCUUGCGCCCCUACGAACUCAAUUUUCCACUCGGAGGCGACCCACCUUUUGGACAAAAGGUCAAAAAUCUGUUUGGAUUCGAACUCUUUCCAGGAAUAUUUCGAAACCUUGAAAAAAGGGGGGCGAAUCCCGACCAGGGCCAUGGUCGAAAUGACGAUCGGCACUCUAAGAACGUACGAUGCAACUACCGGAUUUAUUGUUUCCCCUCCGAAACGUUUUGGUAACGUGGCCUUGGAAAUAGUGCGGCGAAUUGGGGGGGACAAGGUUCGAUUUCUCAAGAUGCACGUAGAAAUGACAAAGAAUUUCUUCUCAAAAUCACGUGAAAUCUUGACUCUCGCCGUAAAUUUGGUCGAAUUAGGUAUCGACUUCAAAAACUGGUGUGGUCUUGACGUCAACUUCGUCGCGGCGCUGCCCUCCAUCCAGCUCCCAAGCUUGAAGAAACUUCGACUCUCGACGGACGAAGUGAACGAAGAGGGUGAAGAAGGAAUCCGGAUUCUUUUACGACGGAUUUUUGCAAUUUCUCAAAAUCUGGAAAGUUUCGAAGGAUCCGGCAUCAACAACGGAGUGUGUCACAUGAUCGCGGAAUUGUUUUUUGAAGAAUUAGAAAAAAUUCCGGGAAGACCGGAAAUGAUGAAGGAACUCCUCUUCACGCCGCAUUAUUUCCACGUGACCCCCGUAUUUGAACGGAUUCAGGGGAAUUUGGGGGCUUUAAGGAGCCUAACGUUGAAUAUUGAUGAUAUGAAUAGCGCCGAGGGGGAAGGGAUUCUGAAAUACUUUAAGAAAUCGUUAAGCAAGCUGGUGAUCAAUUUGGGGCGUAUUUUUGAUGAAGAGAAUGACCAUGGAAGAGUUCUUAAUAUUCCGGUGAUGCCAAAUUUGGUAGAGUUAGAGCUCUACAAAUCUUACGGGAUUGGUGUGACUGUCAUCGGCGUGGUUAUCGAGGCUCCUUCUGAUGGAGUAGUUUUCGGGAAAUUGGGCUACCUCGAGAUAAGCGUGGCCUUAAUGAGGGACAUGAUUUUACUCGACGCCCACACAACUCCGGCCAGAUUUCCGGUCUUGGCCCGGAUUUGCUUCGAUGAGAGGGAGGAGGAGCCGGGGGAUGAAAUGAUGGAUCGAGUUUGGAAUCUUUUCCAGAAGCGAGAAUUUCCAGGUUCUCGUAAAGUGCAAAUUUAUGUACUUGCGAAUUGUUAAUUGUUUCGUGUAUUUCAAUAAUGUAAAUGAAGAGUUAAACUUGUAAAAAAAAUCGGGUAAUUAAUUUAUUUUGCGUUGACUUAGCUACUUUAAUUUGUAACUUUUCCUGAUUUAAAGUAAAACUUGGAAAACUUGUGGAGCCUUAAUUUUCAUUUUAGCGACCAGUGACUACUAAAACUUGCUGAAUUUUUCGAAAAAUUUUCGCGAUAAAAGGCUCUUUCUAAAGAGUUUCCGUGGUCUAUCGUCAUUUCUUCUAGUGCGUCAAAUUUUUGUACAAUUGGUCUCCCCAACUGUGCAUAUUUCGACCAGUUGCUUUGCAUACUUUCACAUUUUCAGCGACACUUUGCGCACUUUAGAGGUUACGGUAAUUUUUCCAAAUUAGAAAUUAUAUGUUGAAAUUCCACUAUGAAAAUGAUAAUAACUUGUUUAGUGAGACAUUACAAAACUGGGCCGGCCGUUAUAUACAUACAUACAUCUCAAGGAAAGAUAAUAAUUUUGAAGACAAUGUAUAUACGACAAAGGGGUUAAAUUAUUGUUACAAAGUUUAUUUAACAUUUAAAUUUAACAUUUACACAUAUGUAGUUGUGUGUGGCGUUGAUACUCUUAACUUACAUAUUUGUUUCUUAAUUUGUACAUACAUUAAUUAUAUAUGUGUAACUAUGUACAUAAUUCAUUCAGAGUUAGAAUGUUGACAAAAUGUUGUAUUAAUUUUAAUGUCUAAUUAGAACUAUAAUAAUUCGAAUGUAACUUUUAUGCAUACAAAGAAUGGAAAUGGUUGCCCUUGAAAUUGAGUCUCAGAAAAAAUAAAAAAUGC